CAGGCGUUAGCACACCAGCGUGUGUGUGCGCGAUGUGUCUGUGAGGCUGCAUGCUUGUGUGUGUGACCACAUGAGAAAGUGCUAAUUGUGUCUCCAGCCGAGAGAGUGGUUGUGUGAAGCUGUGCGAUGACCCAGUGACCCCAAUGUCAUUGACUGUCUUUAUGUCCCUGUUCCUCCUCAACCGUGCCCAGCCAGGAGCCGAUACGGGGCGGGCAACAGUAGGGUGAGAAUUGCUCACACUGAGGCCAUUUGUGAGUUCGAGGGUUUCUGGAAGCUUACGGUUGUGAGGUCUCUGUGGCUGACUGCUCCCUCUACUUGUAGCCACGGGGUCCCAGAUUCCCUAGAAAUGGCCCCGCCCGAUGUGGGACGAUAGAAAGGCGACCAGAGAGCAAGGGAAGAGCAGCUGUUGGACAACUGAGAGUUUUAUCCGAGACUGUCUUCUCAGGACUCUGCACUUCUGCACGAGAAGAAGCCAGAGGAGGACUCAUAAGUUGCAUUUCUGAGCCAUGCCCCAUAGGUUAGUGUUGUUCGAGGAUGUGGCUAUAGACUUUUCUCAGGAGGAGUGGGAAUGCCUGGAUUUGGAACAGAAGGAUUUGUACAGAGAUGUGAUGUUGGAGAACUACAGCAACCUGGUCUCACUGGCAGGAUUUUGCAUUUUUAAGGCAGAUGUGCUGUCCUUAUUGGAGCAAGGGAAGGAACCCUGGAAGGUUGUGCAGGAUGUGACAAGAAGUCAGAGCUCAGAAGUCCAGUCUUUCAAGGACACCAGUCAUCAGCUGAACUCUUCUCACCAUACAGACUGUGGAUCCAGCAGUGAGACCAAGAAUCUAUCAUCAAAAAGAGAAAUUUGUGAAAUAGAAUCAUCUCAAUGGGAGAUAACAGAACAACUUGCAAGCCAUAAGUGUGAGUAUAAAAGUUUUCAAGAUGAUAGGGAAUGCAAAGACCAGUUUGAAAGCCAAUUAGGAAAUAAAGAGAAACUUUUCAGUCAGUUAGUUAUCACUUAUGAAGAAAUUUCCAAUUUUAGCCAGAUCACAUCCCUUACAUUAAAACAGAGAAUUCAUUCUACUGAGAAAUCCUAUGAAUGUAAAGCGUGCAGAAAAUACUUCAUCCAUGGCUUUCAAUUGACUGAACAUCAGAAAAUUCAUUCUGAUGAAAAAUUCUAUGAAUGUAAAGAAUGUGGAAAGGCCUUUAUUCAAGGCUCACAACUUACUUACCAUCAGAGAGUUCAUGUUGCUAAGAAACCCUACAACUGUAAAGAAUGUGGAAAAGCCUUUAUUUGUGCCUCGCAACUUACUUAUCAUCAAAGAAUUCAUACUGGGGAAAAACCUUAUGAAUGUAAAGAGUGUGGGAAGGCCUUUAUUCGUGGCUCUCAUCUUACCCAGCAUCAAAGAAUUCAUACUGGUGAAAGAUCAUAUGAAUGUGAUGAAUGUGGGAAGGCCUUUUUUCGUGGCUCCCAACUUACUUACCAUCAGAGGGUUCAUACCGCAGAGAAACCCUAUCAAUGUAAGGAAUGUGGAAAGGCCUUUAUUCGUGGCUCCCAACUUACGGAGCAUCAGAGAAUUCAUACUGGUGAGAAACCCUAUGAAUGUAUGAAAUGUGGGAAAGCUUUUAGUUAUGGCUCACAGCUUACUCUACAUAAUAGACUUCAUACUGGUGAAAAACCCUAUAAAUGUAAAGAUUGUGAGAUGUCCUUUAUUCGUGGCUCACAACUUACUGAACAUCAGAGGAUCCAUACAGGUAGGAAACCACAUGAAUGUAAGCAGUGUGGAAAGGCCUUUAACUAUGGCUCACAGCUUAUUCGACAUCAGAGGAUUCAUACUGGUGAGAAACCCUAUGAAUGUCAAGAAUGUGGGAAGUCAUUUAUUCGUGGCUCACAACUUACUGAACAUGAAAAAAUUCACACUGGUGAAAAACCCUUUGAAUGUAAGGAAUGUGGGAAAGCUUUUAUUCGUAGCUCACAUCUUACUCAGCACCAGAGGAUUCAUAGUGGUGAAAAACCCUAUGAAUGUAAAGAGUGUGGGAAGGCCUUUAUUUAUGGCUCACAGUUGACUCAACAUCAGAGAAUUCAUACAGGUGAGAAUCCCUAUGAAUGUAAGCAGUGUGGGAAGAUCUUUAUUUGUGCCUCACAACUUACUCUACAUCAGAUUUUUCAUACUGGUAAGAAACCAUAUGAAUGUAAGGAAUGUGGUAAGGCUUUUAUUCGUGGCUCACAGCUAACUUACCAUCAGAGAGUUCAUACUGGUGAGAAGCCCUAUGAAUGUAAUGAAUGUGGGAAAGCCUUUAUUCGUGGUUCACAUCUUACUCAGCACCAGAGAAUUCAUACUGGUGAGAAACCAUACAAAUGUAAUGAAUGUGGGAAGGCCUUUAAUCGUGGCUCACAACUUACUCAACAUCAAAGAAUUCAUUCUGGUGAGAAGCCUUAUAAAUGUAAUGAAUGUGGCAAGGACUUUAGACGUCAUUCACACCUUACUCAACAUCAUAAACUUCAUAAUGGAGAAAAACUGCACCAAAAUCUUAGUUGGGUACAUCCUUUACCUGUCUGUCCCUGACAUUCAGCUUUGGAAUGUUUGAAAAUUCAGAUUAUUAAUGUGGGAAUCCUUGUUUAUUUUCACUCAUAAGUAAUUCACUUUCAGAGAAUUCACAGUGAGAAAGGAUAGAUUAAUAUAAAUGCAGAAUCACUUUUCAUUAUAUUUCAUUCUUUGUUAGACAUUAGUGAAUUUAUUAUAAGAUCACAACCCUAAAAUGUAGGCUUCUCUUGUUCAGCAUCAUUCUCUUCAGCAUCAUCUGAGCUCUACCAUUUACUAUGUGUGUGUUCCUUUGGGAAAAUUACCUAACUUUUAGUUUGCUCAUUUAUAAAACAUUAAUAUCAUAUUUCUCAUCAUAGUGUUUUGCAAUUUAAAGGAGUAAAUACAGAUAAAGCCUUAAAGCAAUGUGUAAUACAUAGUUUAUGCUUAAUAAAUGUUAGCUAUUAUUGUAAACAUUUUUAU